CUCUCUCCCCUUCUUCCCUCCUCUCCUUUCAGGAGCCACCACCCCGCCUGCCUCUCUCCACCUCCUCCUCCUCUUUCUGCUCUGCAAUCAGGGGAAUAAAUCAGGGACGGACGCUCACACACACACGCGGAGUAGGAUCUGUUACAAAAGUAGCGCUGAUGGCGGCGGAUCAGACGAAGCUGGAGCUGCUGCUGGAGUAGCAGAGAGUGGAGUAUCUUUCGCUCUCUCCCUUUUCUCUAUUUCGUCUCUUUCCCCACUCCACCCACAGAUCUCCAUCGUUUCUCCUCCUCCUCCCCACCCUCGGCCGCGCUCUCGCUUCUCCGCGCAUCUCUGGGCUGCGCCUCCUGCGAGGGGGCGGGUGGGGGGGGGGGAGCGGAGGAGGCUUUAAAGAACCACGGCCCCCCCGCACCGCCACACACGCGAUAAUUGAAUUUAUUAUUAUUGCCGUCUCGCCGACUUGGGAAAGGGGGAUCGAUCUUCGAUCAGGAAGAUGGCUGCUGGCUGGCUGCUGGUCUUUAGCCUGACACUUUUCCAGUCCCUGGUGAUGAACCACUCUUCGGAGGGACCGUUCCCCUCAGCCACCACGAUAAAAUCAUGGGUAGAUAAGAUGCAAGAAGAUCUCGUAACACUGGCACGAACUGCAAGCGGAGUGGAACAGCUUGCUAAGAUUUAUAAGGAUAACAAAGCUUUGUAUGAUGUAGAAGCAAACAACCCUCGUCAACUAGUGGAAAUUGCAGCCAGAGACAUUGAAAAACUUCUAAGUAACAGGUCUAAAGCCUUAGUGCGUCUUGCUAAAGAAGCAGAGAAGUACCAAGCAUCGCAUCAGUGGAGGGACGAGUUUGGGAAUAAUGAUAUAAUCUAUUACAAUGCAAAAGAUGAUCAGAAUGAUCCUGAAAAGAAUGACACUGAAUCUGGCAGCCAGAGAAUCAGACCGGUAUUUGAAGAUGAUCCUGUUUUCCGACGGCAAACGUCUUACCAACAUGCAGCAGUCCACAUACCAACAGAUAUUUAUGAAGGCUCAACCAUAGUGUUAAAUGAACUCAACUGGACGGCAGCAUUGGAUGAUGUGUUCAAGAGGAACAGAGAAGAAGACCCCACUUUAUUAUGGCAGGUUUUUGGCAGUGCAACUGGCCUCGCAAGGUAUUACCCAGCUUCCCCAUGGGUAGAUAAAAGCCGAACUCCUAACAAAAUAGAUCUGUAUGAUGUACGCAGAAGACCAUGGUAUAUCCAAGGAGCUGCAUCUCCCAAAGACAUGCUUAUUUUAGUUGAUGCGAGUGGGAGUGUCAGUGGAUUGACAUUGAAGCUGAUCCGCACCUCAGUCAUUGAGAUGUUAGAGACGUUGUCUGACGAUGACUUUGUGAAUGUAGUUUCAUUUAAUAAUAAUGCUCAGAACGUCAGUUGUUUUAAUCAUCUUGUCCAAGCUAAUGUGAGGAACAAGAAGAAACUGAAAGAAGCUGUCUAUAAAAUUUCUGCUAAAGGAAUUACAGAUUACAAAAAAGGCUUUAGCUACGCUUUUGAACAGCUGCUAAAUCACAGUGUCUCCAGAGCUAACUGUAAUAAGAUUAUUAUGUUGUUUACGGAUGGUGGUGAAGAAAGAGCACAAGAAAUUUUUCAUAAAUAUAAUGAAGACAAAAAAGUACGUGUGUUCACGUUUUCUGUUGGUCAACAUAAUUACGACAAAGGACCCAUACAGUGGAUGGCCUGUGAAAAUAAAGGUUAUUAUUAUGAAAUUCCGUCUAUUGGAGCCAUAAGAAUAAACACCCAGGAAUAUCUGGAUGUUUUGGGAAGACCAAUGGUUUUAGCUGGAGAGAAAGCCAAACAAGUCCAAUGGACAAAUGUCUAUCUGGAUGCUCUGGAACUGGGCCUUGUCAUUACAGGAACUCUACCCGUCUUCAAUCUAACAAGAGAACAAAAUGGGAAAAUUAAUCAACUGAUUCUUGGAGUAAUGGGGGUCGAUGUCUCUUUGGAGGACAUAAAAAAACUGACACCCCGAUUUACGCUUUGUCCAAAUGGUUACUAUUUUGCCAUUGAUCCUAAUGGGUAUGUGCUCCUGCAUCCAAAUCUCCAGCCAAAGAAUCCUAAAUCCCAGGAGCCUGUUACACUGGAUUUUCUAGAUGCUGAAUUGGAAAAUGAUAUUAAAGUUGAGAUUCGGAAAAAAAUGAUAGAUGGAGAAAGUGGAGAAAAAACUUUUGAAACACUGGUCAAGUCCCAAGAUGAGAGGUAUAUUGAUAAAGGAAACAGAACAUAUACAUGGACUGCUGUGAAUGGCACUGAUUACAGCUUGGCAUUGGUGUUACCAUCAUACAGCUUUUAUUAUAUUAAAGCCAAAAUAGAAGAACAAAUAACUCAAGCCAAAUUCACAACCAAACAGGUUUCAGAAACACUGAAGCUUGAACAUUUUGAUGAAGCUGGCUAUACGUUUAUAGCACCAAGAGAAUACUGUAAUGAUGUAAAAAAAACAGAAAACAACACUGAAUUUCUAUUAAAUUUCAAUGAAUUUAUUGACAGAAAUACUCCAGGCAGUUCAUCAUGUAAUACCGAUAUGGUCAUUAGAGUUUUGCUGGAUGCAGGAUUUACAGAUGAACUUGCCCGAAAUUAUUGGAGUAAACUGUCUCUUGAUGGAGUUGUUGCACAAUUUGUUGUUACAGAUGGUGGAAUAACUAGAGUAUUCCCCAAAAGGGCAGGAGAAGAUUGGUUGGAAAAUGCUGAAACUUAUGAAGUCAGCUUCUAUAAAAGGAGUUUAGAUAAUAACAACUAUAUUUUCACAGCUCCAUAUUACAACAAAAGUGGUGCCAAUAGCUAUGAAUCAGGUAUUAUGGUAAGCAAGGCUGUGGAAAUAGACAUUAAUGGAAAACAUCUGAAGCCAGCAGUUGUUGGAAUAAAAAUUGAUGCAACCAGCUGGAUGGAAAAUUUCACAAAAACCACAAUCAAGAGCCUGUGCAACAGUGAAAUCUGUGGAUGUGAGAGAAAUAGCAUGCAUGUGGACUGUGUUAUCCUUGACGAUGGUGGAUUUCUUUUGAUGUCAAACCGAGAUGAAUAUACACAACAGAUUGGAAGAUUCUUUGGUGAGAUUGAUCCUGGCCUGAUGCGAAACCUGAUUAACAUGUCCCUGUAUGCCUUCAACAAGUCAUAUGACUAUCAAUCAGUCUGUGAUCCUGAAGAAGAACCAAAGCAAGGAGCUGGACUUCGUUCUGCUUAUGUGCCUACGAUAACAGAUAUUUUACAACUAGGAUGGUGGGCUUCAGCAGCUGCCUGGUCUAUCUUACAGCAGCUGUUUUUGAGCUUGACUUUUCCACGGUUCCUUGAAGCAGCUGAUAUGGAAGAUGAUGAUUUCGGUGCUGCUCUGCCUAAAACAAGCUGCAUCACUGAGCAAACUCAGUAUUUCUUCGAAAAUGAUGAUAAAUCCUUUGGUGGGAUUGUAGACUGUAUAAACUGCUCCAGACUUUAUCAUGCAGAGAAGAUUUCAAACACCAAUCUAGUAUUCAUUAUUAGUGACAGCCAACUGCUGUGCCGCUCCUGUGACCCAAAGCCACUGAUGCAAGCAGAGAAGCCGGAUGAGGGGCCAAAUCCUUGUGAAAUGGUCAAACAACCUCGAUACAGAAAGGGUCCCGAUGUCUGUUUUGAUGAAGCCAAACAGGAUCAGCCUAUAUGCACAACGAGUCGUGCCUCUGCCAUGACGUCCGCUCCUAUCUUCAUUUUUCUGCAAGUUUUCAUGUGGUGUGGAUGGUCAGUUACUUUCUCUAAUUUUUUGUUUUGUCCUUGGCUUAAAAAAUUAGCAGACUUUUUUACUUACUGAACAUACAAAAGAAAACAGAAUGAAGCAAGUCCCAAAAGCAACAAUCUGGAGCAAAUUACUAUUGCAAUAUUAAGGGAAAUUAAAUAUGAAAAAACCCUGUCUGGAGCCUUAUAAAUCAUAAUUACUGAACACAAGGGCCUCUCCCAUAGCACAUAGAAAGACGAGGGAACCUGUUGGGUUUAUAUGGUUGGCUCUUUGAGAUUGCGCAUGUAUCAGCUGAGUACGUGUCAUUCCCUUCUAAGCAUUUUUGGCUUGUCCUUGUUGAAAUGAACAGAAGAAAAGUUUCUACACAAAGAUACAAAGUAAAUAGAAGAGACUGCAAUACCUGUGAAAAUAAAGCUUUACUUAGGGAUGGCAAGGAUGAGUGCUCUGUGUAAGUGCUGCUAUUGAGAAGAGUAAGGAGUUUUCACUGCAUUCAAAUGAACACAACAGUUAAUGAUGGAAGAUAAUAUUGUGCAUCAAUCUAUUUAACUACACGGGUAAGGCCUGUAUGUUGACCUAGUGCAGACUCUGGAGUUCACAGCAAAAGCCUUGGCAAUUAGACUGUGUUGAAUUUAAUGGUGUGGGACUGUGUCACUAGCUACUGUGAUAGCAACAUGUCUGCAAGAGAACUGCUGAGAUAAGGAGCAUAAAAUUCGUGACUGGAGGGGUCUCUGAUCAACAUUAUUGCUCUGAAAACCACUAGAGGGAGAUACUCACAUGCCUAUCAAAGUAAAGCCAACUGAGAGGCAGAACUGGAAGCUUAGAGGGCAUUUUUCAGAGUUAGUGUAGUAAAAUACUGAAAAUUGUAGCAAUUUAGAAAACCCAUUUUCUCAGUAAUGUAUAUUCUCUUUGAAAUUAAGGGAAGGUUCAAUUAUUAUCACUUGAACAACAGUGAAGAAAAUCUUAAAGUUCUGUUUAACAACUGUAUUUGAGUAAUUCUGAAGUUUCCUAUUCUGUAUUUAAAUGAUCUAAUUUCUAACAAACUUAGGAACUUGCACAGCCAUGGUAGAAGGUUGUAAGAAAGGGUAAAAGUCCCUUCCCCUAAGCCAGUGGUAUUUCACUUUAAAGUCUAGAUUAAUAUCUCAUGUUCUUACUCAUGCAAUUUGCUCUGCAAGUAACCUUCUUUUAAUUAAAAAGCUACUGUCCAAUGUACAUAAAACAGCAAAGACUCACCUUGAGCUGAAUUCUUUAUGCCCAAAAUGGACUUUCUGCUUAAGAUGGGAAACCCACGGAAUAUAAUUUUAGCUGAUAGACUUUUGGCAGCAGAAAGUUGUAGAGGUAAUUUUAUUCAUCCAUCUUGUUUUUAAUAACUUUGUGAUUUUGGAAAUGGUUUUUUUUCUGGACAUUAAUCUGUGUAGUUUUAUUAAAAUCACUGAAGCCAACACAGAUACAAACCGCUGACCAGGUUCAAUAACGUGAUGGGUUUUUUUUUCCUUUUCAUCAAGGAUAACAAAAUAGUCAUUAUCACUGCCUUGAAAGGCUUAGUCUUACUUUGUACAUGCACACUGGUUUUUUUGCUAUGCCUGAAAGUAAAGAAAAAUACUGUAUAGGUUUUUAGCCCCUACUGUGAAUGUCUUACUCCCAUCAACUUCCAGAAAUGUGGGAGCUUUGAGGGUUAUUAGCAGACCAGACAAUUGGGUAUAUCUUGAUGGAAUAGCCUAUGUCCCUGAUCUGUGCAUGGGUAGCUGUACAGCUUUGACAGCUUUGUAUGGAAGUCCAGACAAAGGAGGGUAACACAAAAUUUAUGAAGGACCAUGCACUGGAACUGGAAAUGACUCUUGAGUAAAAGCAAAGGUCUUGUCCAUACAAUAUGAAGCAUUUAAAAUAUAUACUUAUAAAAGGUAUAACUUUGAGAUGAUCAACUGACAUCGAAGGCCAGAUCAGAAGCUCUUUGACACAUAUUGUUGUUUUACCAUUUUAUAAGUCAUUGUAGCACAAAAGGUUCUGAUGAAUUGUUAUGGUUUACAGGCAAAAUUUUAGUACAUUACAUAGUUCUAAUGCACUUCUAAAGGACUAAGAAGUAUAUCAGCUUAACAUGUAUGUAUAUAUGUAUUUUUAGUUCCAUGUGUAUUUUUAAAAUUUUGGACUGGCACUAUCUUCAAGGAAAUGUUCAUAUAUAACAAUGAAUAUGUGGGCUUGAUACUUAACAAUGAAUAUAUGGUUUUGUAAAAGCAUUCAUUUCCAUUCUGAAAGUGCUGAAUAAUUUUCACAGUGUGUGAUGUAAAAUAAUCCCAUCUAGAGUUAUCAUGGUAAAGUAUGACAAGAAGGAGAUGACACUUAGAUUUGACACUUCUCUACCUCAAGCAUGCCAGGAAAUUUGACAUGUGAUUUAUUAAUGCAAGAAAUUUCUUAUACAUUUCUGAUGAAAUGAAAGUGGCUAAAGAUGAUUCUUUGCAAUUUGUUUUACAAUUCUUUCUCUUUUCAAAGAGAAAUAAUAUACAGAAUAUUAUUUUGAGGACAACACAGGAAACACAUCCCGAACUGAUCUAUUAUUCAGGAUUUUUGUAUGAUUUACGUAAUGGGCUGGAAAAUUUCAGUGGAAGUGCUUAAAAAUAGUUCAGUGUCUAAUUGCACUAGCAGAGGUAAAGAUAAUGUAAAGAUAGGAUAAAAUAAUGCUAUAUACCUUUGUUAUAAGAUACUUUAGAAGAAAUCUCGAAAAUAACAUACACAUGUAAUAGUUGAGAAGUUUUCUUAAAGCUCAAGAAUAGGGGAAGUGUUUUCAAAAAAGGCAUUUUGAAGACCAUUCAGAACUGAUGUUUUUUCUCAGUCUGGUUUUAAAUUAAUGAUGGAAUCUCAGUAAUUUCCCUGAAACUCUUGAUUUCUUUAAUUCAUGUAAAUUGCCAUAUAAUCAGACUUUCUCCUCUUUUCUUAUACUGUUUUGUUUUGUUUUUUUCAUUUCCUCUAGUUUUCAAAACAGUAAAAGUACACAAGGAAAUUACAAUGUUCAAUGCUAGGGAGAAAAAAAUUAAUUUAGGUAGGAUUUACUGUACCUUCUUUGCCACUACUAUUUUUGUCUUGGCUUAUGGCACAAAAGAAUAACUGAUUCCAGAGGCAAUAUUUAGAAAUUGUUCUUGACAGAACUGCUGGUUUACCACUGCAAAUUGGUCUACAAACUGCAGAAAUUCAAUGUGGCUUUGAUCAAUAUGAGGUUAAAAUCUCCCUGACCUUGAAAUAUAUGUAUAAACCUUGGAUACAGUGUUACAGUUUAAUACUGUCAUUCAUAAUAAGAAGAAGCCUCUCCUUCAUGAGGCUUUCAAGACAUUCUCUAUUAUUGUUAAUAGUGAAUCCCUUAAAAAAUGCUCUGUGUAGUCCUAGAGAGAAGCAAAAUUUCAAUCCAAUAGGAACAUUGUAUGACUGUUGAACGUAAGAGCAGUGACCAUAAAUUGCAAUGUAGUUAAAACAAAAUCUCAAAGAGCAAAUAGAAAUAGACCACAGAAUGGAGAUGUUUUGGGGUUUUUUUCAAAUGCAUAUAGUGGUAGGAUUAAUUUAUCAAUGUAAUGUACCCAAUAUUUAGUCUAAUACAGAGGUGACAUGUAAGAUAAAUACUGUAUAAUUCAGUAUGUGGAGGCCUAUCUACUCUGUAUCCAUACUGGAUGCCAUUUUCACUGUAAAGAUGUUUUCCCCUUCAUGUUAUGCACAGUUUUGUUUAAGACCUUCAAUUUACUUCUUAUUUACUCUCCAGACAUCUCCCCUCUUUUGAAAAUUUUUAAAUCUCCUGCUUUACUUUUGACUAUUGCUUCAAAGAAGACUUCUCUAAGAAAUUUCAAUGAUAAGAAAUCCUAAAUACCAAAAGGUAACACUGAGUGCUGUUCAUUGAAUUCAUGUGAGAGGAAACCUUUACCAAUAAUUCUGUUUUUUAAUGGUAACCACUGUGAGGAAGAUGCAACAGGAUUAUUUUUAGGUGUUUUGAAUAGAAAUAAAGCUACAUGACAAGACAUAAUGCAGAUGCAAAUAGUAACAGAGCCAAACUAAAUAAACCAGAAAGUUCAAUGCAUCUUGAAAUCUUAGCAUCCUACUCCAAAUCUGUGCAGAAGAGUUCACUUAAGGCUUCCUUAUUGACAAGAAACCUCAGGAAUUUUGAACUUGUAGAGUGCAAUCAACCAGAAAAAAAAAAAAAAAACAAAAAAACCCCAAAAGCAAAAAUAAAACCACACAAAAAUCUAAACAAAAACUAUAGAACUAAAUUAUAAAGCUAUCACAUGACAGAGACAUAUCUGGAAAUGGCUACUGUUGAUAAAGAAUGGCAGCUAACAUGAGCUAUUGGCUUUAGGACAGAAUGAGUUUUUGUUUCUUUCUAAGGAAUUUUUGGGUCUUGUUUGGUUUUUUGGGUUUUAUUUUACAUCCAAGUUUCUAAAGGAGACUCUUGGUGAAUAUUAUAAUUCCUGAUAAGGUAUUGAGUAUAAUUUGUCUGCUUUAUCUGAUUUUCCAUAUAUUUUUCCCCAACUGAUUCUGAUUUCUCUGACCUCCUUGCUUUGAAGAAUGCACUGUAUGUAGAGGGAAUACCAUUAAAAUUUUCACCAAUUAAAACUGACACAAAGAACUCAUUGAAGUUCUUCGCUGUGCCCUAUAAUGCCCAGAUUCCCUCUUUACACCUCUGUUAUGAAGCAGUUGCUCUAACCUCAUAUUUGCUUCGUGCUUUUGUUUUAGUAAAAAAUUUCUACUAUAAUUUUCAGCAUAUUCUGCAACAAAGUCAUAAAAAAUUAUUUAUCAGCCCUUCUAAUUUUCCUGUUUAUAUUUAAUCUGUCAUUUUUAUGUACUUUGCUGUUCCUGUUGGGUAAACUUGAUUUCUUAAAUACUGACCUUUUCUCUAUGACAGUGUACUUAAGUUCCCUACUGAUUCAUGCAGGGGUGUUUCUUUGGGUUUUCGAUUUGGUUAUGUGUUGGGUGUUUUUUUGGUAGAGGGUGGUGGUGGUGUGUUUUCAUUUGUUUUGGGAUUGCACUUUUAUGUGUGGUUGAUUUUUCUAAUUGCGGCAUUAAUUUUACCUGGUUAUCUAAUGCAAUAUUUCUAAAUAUGCUUCUGGACCCUUGUAAGGAACUUGCUUUUUGAGAUGAUACUUCUAGGUCUGUUUGGCUUUUUCCUUGCUUUCUGUUUUCGUUUGUUUGUUAAGGUUUUUUCUGUUUUCUUGGUUUUGAGGUUGUUUGGGUUUGUUUGGGGUUUUUUUAACUGCUUUUGGUAAUUUUCAGGUGGUUGCCUUUCUUUAAGUUGGUAUCUCCUAUUUUGGAUUUGUUUGACCUGAUCUUUCACACAAAAAUGCUAAAUCCUAUUGCAUCAUGGUCUACAGAGCUACUAGGGCUAUACAGAGCAACUCCACUAAUAAUUUUGAACAGGGCCCUGUGCACCCCUAAAGGUUUAAAGACUGUUUGUCCCAAAAGCCAUUUGUCAUAUCUGAAAAUGCGGUCUCUACACCUCUCUUUGAUAAGGUGUCGAUCCAAUCUUUAUGUACCUUCUCCAAUCUCAUAUAACAUUGAUAUUGUCCCUCUGAUUGGGUGGUCAGCAGUGCAAUUCUAGUAUUACUUUUUUUAUUAUCAGACUCUGAAAUUUCUUACCUACAGAGAUUCCAUCACACUUCCCUUUUCCUGUAAGAUUUUUAUGUUGUUGCAUUUUGUAUUAUCCUUUACGUGGCACCCUUCUGCUGCAUGUCCUAUACUGCCAUUCUUAUAAAGCUGGUAGCCUGACAGUGUUCUGUGCUACUGAUAACUGCCUUCCACCAGGUUUCUGAUAUGUGUAUUAUUUUGGGAUGGUUCACUGAUGAGUGAUUGUCAUUCCCCCAUCUUGAUUUUAUGUUCCUAGCACUGGAAGGUUUUGAUUAAGGAUGUGCCAAUCAAUUAAAGAUGGUUUAAUGACCCUUCCUUAUUUAUCCUGCUUGUGUUCUUUUUAGCUCCACACUGACCCACUCUCCUGCCCCCAGCCUUUUCUGAGGUACAUUGAGUAUUCAUUACAUAUCAGUCUGAACCAGGAGCUGUUUCCUGCUGGCUGGUUUUCCUCUGAUUUUUGUUCUAAAAUAAUUUUUAUUUCUGUGCCAGAAGCCAGGCUCUGUUACUGUUCAGAUGCAGUUGUCUGUCCUUCCCUGAACAUGUUACUCCUGUUAAAGAAGUUUCCCUAAUUGCUAAUAUACCUAAGUCCCUUCCCAUCUACACUGUUUUCUUGUCCUUGGAGGCUUGGGAUCUCUUGGGAAAUGGAAAUCGUCUUUUUAUACUAUGGUACAGAAUACAGUGAAAACAAGAGAAAGACCAAGUAUUUUUAGCCUUCAGAGCUACCCAUGAAUCCUGGACUCAGCAGACAAAGAAAUGGAGGGAUGGCUGGAACACUGUCCUGGUGUUUUAGGCACUAACCACAGUUUGUAUCAGUCCUGAGAAACAAGGUGUAGGAUGGUACAGGCUCCAGAACAGGUAUCAAAUAUAUUUCAGCUGGACUAAUGAAUAAGUCCAUAAUGUGAAAAGUAUUAUGCAUUAUAGGCAAAGUGGAACCAAAGAACAGCAAUGAAUGGUAGAAAGGAAUGAGGAAAAGAGGUGUGUGAUUGCUGUGUGGCAUAAGGAAUAGUAGGGUCCACUGAUGCAUGAGAGAGCAGUGCAACUCAGAGUGAGCCCUCAAAGGGGAGCAUGUCUUCUCUACUGAACUGCAUCAAACAUGUAAGAAAACAUACUAGGAAAUUUGGUUCUCCUACUUGAAUAGAGCAUCAGAAACAAAGAAAGAAUUUUCAUUUUCUUUGAUCAUACCUUCACCUGCAGACCAUAUUCAUUUUAAUGUGCCAGCAUUAGAUUUGAUGAAAUGGACAUAAACAUAUUUUGGUAUUUGUUUUCUAAUCUUGAAAAGUUAUCUGUUAUUCUGUCUUUCCUCACAAUAAAGUGAUACUCAGAGUCUUACAAUUGAUGUAAUUUUAAGGAAUACAAAUGGGGUUUUCUGGGGCCCCCGGAUAUAUCCCAUAGCAUUUCUUGUUUGAUGGUGUAAGUAUCCCACCUAGUUCAUAAGUGACUGUAGUAAACCUUGAAAGUAUUUGAUUCUCCCAUGCUAAUGGUUAAAAUAAUAGUACCACCCUUUGUAUCAAAAAUCAGACAAACUUUCAGGAAUUAUUUUGCUGUUGUGUCAGCAAAAUAACGUAUAUAAGACCAAAAAGGAUGCCUCAAUGAUAGUUCAAAAUGUUGCAAACUAAACUGUAGAUUACUUCUUAGGAAAAUUCAUUGUAAUUAGUGUUAAAUGAUUUCUUCUUUU